CUUAUCGCCGCAAGUCGGGCGUUUAUGAUGAAGAACCAGAAGGAGAUUAUGUGAAAAUGAAGUCGCUCACUGUCAAACAUCCUUUUAUUUCAAGGCAUCCUUACGAACGAAUUUUUCCAUUUGAACGCACAGUCUCGUCUUCAGAUGCGAAACUCGUCCCAAUCGCCAAGAUAGAUGAAGAUAAACUUGUGAUCGACGAGGAAGCUCUGACAACAAUUUUGACCAAUCCAGAAGUUUCUGAACUUCCAGUAGCCUUGUUAUCAGUUUCUGGAGCUUUCAGAAAAGGAAAAUCAUUUUUACUCAACUUCUUCUUGCGAUACAUGAGACAAAAAGGGUACAAUAAUCCCGACUGGCUUGGGAAAGACAACAUUGCAGACGGUUUCAAAUGGAGAGGAGGAAAGGCUCCGGUGACCCAAGGAAUAGUUAUUCUGAAUGAACCAUUUAUCGUUGACGUGGAAACCCAAAAGGUUGCUGUAUUUUUGAUGGACACUCAAGGUUUAUUUGACAGCAACUCAGAUAGGAGACUUUGCACUCAAAUAUUUGCUUUAAGCACUUUGCUCAGCUCAAUUCAAGUCUUCAAUUUAUCACAGCAAAUACAGGAGAACGAUUUGGAGUAUUUACAGUGCUUCACUGAGUAUGCAAGAGCAGCACAAGCCGCAAAAGCAUCGCACGGGCCUUCCUUCCAGAAACUAAUGUUUGUCAUACGGGACUGGCAAGAGUUGGAGGACCAUGACUAUGGGCUUGAUUCUGAGACAGAUAGUUCUGGCCGCACUGGAUAUUUGAACGAUUUGUUAUCGUGUGCGUCAAAGAAUAGUGAAUUAACAGCUGUUAGAAAAUAUCUUCAUAAAAGCUUCAAUGACAUUCAAUGCUUCUUUCUUCCGCAUCCGGGGUUAAAUGUCGCAGUGACGAGAAAAGAUAGACAAUUCAAAGGAGAAUUAAAAGACGUAGCAACAGAAUUUCUCUAUCACGUUCAAGUGUUGGCAGAUUUGCUUCUUAAUCCUAAACACCUUGUACCAAAGAAAAUCUACGGUGAAGUCAUAACAGGAAACUCACUGCUAAAUUACGCGAUUUCGUGCAGCAAAAGUUUUUCCAGAGGAAACUUACCUGAACCUGAAAGUAUGAUACAGAACUCGGCCGACGUUAUGAAUCUGCAAGCAUUAAACGCAGCUGUGGAUAUGUAUGCAUAUGAAAUGGACAAGGCUCUAACAAAAAGCAAAUAUAUGGAAGAAGAUGAAGUAAAAGACCUUAAUAAAUUACUUGUGAAACAAAGCAUGGACUCUUUUGACAAGAACUGCAGUCCGCAAUCGAAAGAAGCUGCAGAAAAUGUCAGACGAAAUUUAGUGGACACGUUGAUGGAACAAUACGAACUUUAUAAACGAAGAAAUUUCAACCAAGGGGAAGUAAUCUCUCGCCAAGUUUCUGCAGGGGCGACUGCGUUGGUGCAAGAAUAUUCUACAGUAAUGCUGGAGAUAGUAAAAAAGACAGCAAUGGAGGAAUCCGAACUGAGCGCGGUUCACAAACAAAACCAUGAAAUGGCGACCAAUAAGUUUCAAUCUAAGUUCCAGAAAAGUCGUGGAUUCUAUGAAGCGAUGGAAAAACUCCAAACUGAUAUUAGUUCCUAUUAUUCCGUCUUGAAAAAACUUAACUUUGAAAAGUUAAACACUGAACGAACGCAAAAGAAAGAGAAUGAAACCAAAAUGAUGAUUCUCAUCAGUGAUUAUUUAGAAAAUUACAAUGGAGGAAUGUACGAGUUCACAAAAAGCUUCGUUCAUCCACCAUAUUUUGUCGAACGAGAAGUCAAAAUUAGAGAAGAUGUUUUGAAAAAAUUUACGACUGAAGCUGAGAAAAUAUCUAAAACAGAAGCUAAUAUUUAUAAAGAAAUUUUGCGCCAGAAAAUGAAGGAAGAAUUUAAUGCACUUGUAAAAAAUAAUGAAGAGAACAAGACAAUAAUGCUCAAAGUUAUCCAUCAGAAGAAAAGAAGCCUUGCCGUGGAAUACAGAUUCCUUAUGCAAUUGGGGAUGCGUGACGCCUACGUUGAACCCAAAGUCCUCCAAGUCAUUCACGACAAGUUUGAGAUUGUUUUAGCGGAAAGAAUGAUACGAGAUGACGAUAUAUUCCAGGUAUGUUAUUUACCCCUAGAAGAUGAAAUUCUGAAAAAAGGAGCCGAAGAACUGCGAAGUGACUUGAGGAAAUGGUACAAGAUAAUUUUAUCGACAAAUGAGAAGAAUAAGGAUGUUUUUCUCAAAACGACAAGAGGUUCGAAAGCAUUUCUUGCAGGAAUUAUUCAACCCAAAAAAGAUGAAGAUCAUGUAGGAACCAGCAUGUAAAUCAGUAUUAAAUAUGCAUGGGAAUUAAUAGAUACUCCCGUACUAUGUGUACCAGAUUAGGAUUAAGCCAUAACUUUAUUUCGAUUUUCCUUAUUUUAGUUCUAUUACGAGUUGGAAACUGUCUGUGUUAGGCAAGUGAAUAUUCCCCCUGCCCAUAGGUUUCAGUCCAUGCAUACAAGUUUAUGUAAAGUAGGCGAAAAUUAGAUACCUCCAUAUUGGUACACAUACUUCUGGAGCGCCGAUUAUUGCUGUAAUAACAUUUUGGGGCUGACUUAGCAUGGGGUACACCGCAAUACAGCGUGAGAUCUACCUCAAACUAAAAAACGGUGAUAGGAUUAGAAAUUUUAGAAACAAAUUCUUUUAAGGUCUGACUCGCUAUCUACAGGCUUCCUAAUUUAAAAAACCAAGCUGAACUAAAUCUAGAACGUGUUCGCUAAUGGUCAUGGCAUUCCAAGAACGGGUUCGUCCACUGAAUCUCAUUCCCACCACUGGCAAUAUAGAGUAAUCACCGAAUUGCAGCUGGGUAGGCGACAUAUGGCGGUAUACCAUAUGCUGUUGUAGCACCAAUGUUCGUAUAUUAUUCUAUGCAAGAGACGUAAUUAAACCUCAUUUUGUUUUUCCAUGAUAACCAUAUAACAAACAACAACAGUUAGUAAGUUUUUUGCUCUUGAAUGCUGAUCCUAAACUAAUGUUUUUAUUUUGAUACAAUGAAUCGCAUCCAAUAUUUAGUAAUUUAUAACGUGACUCACACUUGGCG